GGGGGGAGAUGAGAUCAGAGUGUGACAGAACGGAUUAUCUCUGGUUUGGUUUCCCGCAGGAAACCGCUGCGAGUCUGUGUCCCUGACUUCGCAUGAGUGCCUCUUACUCCAUGUGAAAGUGUGUUGUAGCAUGUUUCUCACUGGGAAGCAGGUUCGCUACAAGAUGAAGCUGCCCAGUGGUUACCCGCAGGACUUGAUCACACCGGUGAAAACACAAAGAAGGGGGGAGAGACGAGGAAGAGGGCAGUGACAUCACUGAAAAGUAAAAGGCAUCAAAAGUAAGACCGUAACAAAUGAGCAUGGUGGACUUAUUUUUCGUGAUUGCAAUUAAAGCUUGUUCUUAAUAGUGACAAGGAACUGAUUGCUGCCUUUAGCUGCUGAAUGCCUCAUCAAGCCAGUGAAGCCAAGACAACACACUUUCUUUGAAGACGAGAAACCACUGCGCUGGAACAAGGCAACCAACCGCACCACACCAACCAAUUCCCUCUGCUGUAGUCUCAUUAUUUUAAUUACCGUCUUUCUUUCAUUUGUUUUUCUUUGCUCCGGUUCUUCCUGCUCUGCUCUUGGUAUUUUGUAUUCCAUCCUUCUCCUCUCUUCCCCUCCCUUCCUACUCUUGCCUUCGCUCUCUGUCUCAUCCUGUCUUGUUCACUGUCACACUAACUGCAGUCGAUGCUGGAGUCACUCAUGUAGAAGCCACCUUGCUUGGAGCACAUUUGCCUAGCUGAUUUAUUUUAUUCUUUCUUCUCCGUCCCCCUGCUGAGUUGGAUGAUUGGACUCCUCUUGGAUCAAAAGCAAGGAGGAGAUGACCAACAAGUAGCUGCUGAGUUCACCAGAGCUCCUGGAGAAGACUUCAAAACAGAGAGGGUAUUUUGCACAUUUAAUGCAGUGUAUUGACAGCCACGCCUGCAGUAGUGGUCGAUAAAUGUAAGGCCAAGCACAUAUCCAGGUGUGGAUUACAGUAGUGGAUUUAUCCUGGAGCUACAUGUGGGCCCCAGCCCCUGAGGCCUGGCUGGGAAAUGAAGCCUUUCCCGCGGCUGUAGGAGCGCUCUGGGGAGCUAUGGCCCUGGAGGGGCGCUGUCUCCGGCGGGGUUCCCCAGCCAUGAUCAGAAAGGGUCGUCAGCGGCGUGCUGCAAAGCAAACUCUGGCUCGGGUCACUUCCACUCUUCUGUCAAGGACACGCCUGCAUGGCCUGAGGCAUGUGUGCGUCCCUGGUGGCUCCAUGGGCCGCAGGGCCUUCUGGCUACUGGCCCUCUGCACCUCCCUGGGCCUGCUUUUAUCCUGGUCUUCAAACCGCCUUCUCCACUGGCUCUCCUUCCCAACAUACACACGGGUCCACACAGAAUGGGCCAAAGAACUCCCCUUUCCCGCUGUUACGAUCUGCAACAACAAUCCCAUACGACUCUACAAGCUCACCAAGAGCGACUUGUACUUUGCGGGCCAUUGGCUAGGCCUGCUGUUGGCCAACCGGACAGUGAGGCCUAUGGUUCUGGACUUGCUUCAGGAGGACCGUCAGGCCUGGUUCAAGAAGCUGUCAGACUUCAGGCUCUUUCUGCCGCCAAGAAACUUUGAGGGGACCAACUUGGAGUUUAUGGAUAGACUGAGCCACCAACUGGACGACAUGCUGCUCUCAUGCAAAUACAGAGGAGAGCCAUGCGGGGCUCAUAACUUCUCUUCUGUGUUCACAAGGUACGGAAAGUGCUACAUGUUCAACGCCGCAGAAGAGGGGAAGACGCUUCGCACCACCAUGAAAGGAGGGACAGGGAACGGUCUGGAAAUCAUGCUGGACAUCCAGCAGGACGAGUACCUGCCAGUGUGGGGGGACACAGAAGAUACAGCGUUCGAGGCAGGUGUCAGAGUGCAGAUCCACAGCCAAGCAGAGCCCCCGUUUGUUCAUGAGCUUGGCUUCGGCGUGGCCCCCGGCUUCCAGACUUUUGUGGCCACACAGGAGCAGAGGCUGACCUACCUGCCUCCUCCGUGGGGAGAAUGCGAGUCCAAGGCUCUGGAGUCGGGUUUCUUCCAGGUCUACAGUGUAACCGCCUGCAGGAUUGACUGUGAAACGCGCUACAUCGUCGAGAACUGCAACUGCAGGAUGGUGCACAUGCCUGGUGAUGCCUCUUACUGCACACCGGAGCAGUAUAAAGACUGUGCUGAGCCUGCCCUCGCUAAACUGUCAGCGGUGGAGAGCACCAACUGCAUGUGCAGAACGCCGUGCAACAUGACCCGCUACAACAAAGAGCUGUCCAUGGUCAAGAUCCCGAGUAAAACCUCAGCCCGCUACCUGCAGAAGAAGUUCAACAAGUCUGAGAAGUACAUCACGGACAACAUCUUGGUGCUGGAUGUCUUCUUCGAGGCUUUAAACUACGAAACCAUCGAGCAGAAGAAAGCGUACGAGGUGGCAGGACUGCUGGGUGAUAUUGGCGGUCAGAUGGGCCUGUUCAUUGGAGCCAGCAUCCUCACCAUCCUGGAGCUGUUUGACUAUGCUUAUGAGGUGGUGAAAGACAGACUAUUGGAUUUACUGAGCAGAGAGGACGAGGAUGAGAGUCACGGAGAGGACGUGAGUUCCUGUGACCCUGUGGCAAACCACUCGGAGACCAUCAGCCACACUGUGACAGUCCCCCUGCAGACAACACUGGGCACCCUGGAGGAGAUUGCCUGCUGAGGCCAUCCCCCGUCUCCAUCAGAGCUACUAAAGUCCAGUGGUGCCCUCCACUGAGUGGCGCUACAUCCUCUGCUGGGGCACCCUGUUGGACCUUAACAGAGGAAGAAAGGAGACAAGGACAAGAACGGGGGGCCAGUCUAAGGACAGGGCUGCGCUCUGUCACACCGCCCUGUUCCAGGCACUAAUGGGGAUUAAGGAGCUGUCGACUGGACUUAUCGGCCCUCUCUGUCACCCCACACUAUACUGUAGUGGGAGGGUGGCCUCCACUGUGCCACAUCUGCAGUGAGGUCUGCCUCGCACAAAGAACAAACUCAGAGACUAGGCGGGGCUCAUCCCUGUGCAGAAUAUCUAUGUAACAAACACGUUCUUUUUCCGGUCACUGCCAAAUGAACUGUACAAAAACUGCUUCUGAACUGUCCAAACUGCAUGCGUCGAUCUAUCUUGCUCUCUUUGCUGAUGCAUACGCUGGACUGCAGUGUUGCGUAGCUGUACGUGUGUGCCAUUUGUCCGUCUAUCUGCAGGACAGGCCUGUGACAUGGGCCAAAGUGAGGUAUCGAACUUCGAAUGUACAGAUUGAACAUAUGGUUGUUUAAAAUCAUAGUUCAGGAUGCCCAAUCCUUUGAAAACGUCACUUAUGAGAGAAUGAUCAUUUCUCAAUUACAUUUCUUACAGUGGAAGAAAUAGUGAUGUGUACUGAGGAAAAAGAAAACCUGAACAUUUUUCUUUGUUUACUGAAAACUGGGCCAAAUCUGAACAUUUGCACCUCUUCUUUUUGCAUAUUUUUCACCUGUCAGCUUCAGUUGAAUCAGUUUUUUUAAAAGGCGUCUGCUGCGUUUCUCCCAGGUUUGCCGAGCUGUUCUCUAGAGACGUCUUUAAAGAGAUGUCAUACUCUUACUGUAAAUAAAUGGCUGGAUUCUGGAUGCUGCACCUCAACACAGCACCCAGCUAAGUGAGGUACAAUCUCAAUAUAUUCGCCUGCCAGACUGUAAGCCAUGUACAAAACGCUGCAGCAAAUGAAUAUGCCCCUGGUGUUGUUAAGCCAUUGCUUCAUUAGGAGAAUGUCACAGUGAUUUUUCAGACGGCCACUUCAUCAAAGAUGGAAUCAUUUUGUCCUGCUAGAAAAAACACCCCCCGCCUCUCACAAUUUAAACCAUUUUCAUAUGAUGACAAAGCUCCCACAGAGGGUUAAGGCUAGAUGUUAUUUUAAGGAUACAGGCUCUGCUGUGUUACGGUGUAAAUAUCUGUGUUUUUUUCCUCAUAAAAACGGGUACCAUGCAGACCUGCCUGAGGCAGAGUUUAUUUAAAAGACCUUCAGUAAAACAAGCACCCCAGGGCUAGAAGUGACUCCAUAUUUGUCACAUUUUUUGUGAUGUGACUCAAUCUUCAGCUCUCAGUAGGUGAGAAUGUUAUGUAACAGGAUGUAGAGUUUCGGGGUUAGUUGAAUGUCAUGUUUAAAAAAUGGACACACUUCGGUACAGUAUGAGCACCAGGCAUCCUCUCUAAAACAGGUACAGCUGAACUUUCAGUGUCCUCAGACACAAGAGUAGCAUAUAUAUUUAAUAUAUAUGGCUUAACACCAAAAGCUUGUGUGAGACCAUGUGGAAGAUUUAGUGCAUCUGCCUCUCAUCCAUGAUCACCCCAGCAUGGUCUCUGUCAUCAUGGUAAUAUACAUCACAGGUAGGAAUGAGUUCAAUGCUUCAUAAGACUGAAUGAUGAUUUCCCAUCUGUAGCUCAACCUGCCGUCUCUGUGUACUCUCUCAUGUUGUGGCUUCAGACCAACACAACCCUCGGCCGACCUGCAGGGGUUUGUGAGAUAAACCUGUCUCUCUUCUCUUGGUGACAACGACACUGGCUGUUUACUCUCUCUACUUUGGCUUCAAUUGCUACCGCAGGACAGCAUUUUCUCAUUUUG